GAAGUGGGAGGGGCUUAGGGGCAGCAGGAGGCUGGUGUGUAAGCAUCAUCUGUCAGAUCUCAGCAGAGCUGCGGGGACUAGCUACCGCUGUUCGGGGCCGACUAGCGACUGAAACUUCACUGCCAAGAUGUCUGACGAGGAGCAAGAACAGACCAUAGCCGAAGAUCUGGUGGUCACCAAGUACAAAAUGGGUGGUGACAUCGCUAACCAGGCUCUUCGUCUGGUGGUGGAUACAGCCAAGCCAGGGGUGUCUGUGCUCAGCCUAUGCGAGAAGGGGGAUGAAUACAUUAUGGCUGAGACUGGGAAGGUCUUCAAGAAGGAGAAGGAAAUGAAAAAAGGCAUUGCCUUUCCCACCAGCGUCUCAGUCAAUAACUGUGUUUGCCACUUCUCUCCCCUGAAGAGUGACCCUGUCUACACACUUAAAGAUGGGGAUCUGGUCAAAAUAGAUCUAGGGGUUCACGUGGACGGCUUCAUCGCCAACGUUGCACACAGCUUUGUGGUUGGGGCCAGUAAGGAGAACCCCAUCACAGGCAGAAAAGCUGAUGUUGUCAACGCGGCCCAUCUGUGUGCAGAAGCAGCUCUUCGCAUUGUUAAACCUGGUAACCAGAACUCUCAAGUGACAGAAGCCUGGAACAAGAUUGCUCAGUCCUUCAAAUGCUCGCCGAUCGAGGGUAUGCUGUCUCAUCAGCUAAAGCAACAUGUCAUUGAUGGAGAGAAGACCAUCAUUCAGAACCCCACAGACCAGCAAAGGAAGGACCAUGAGAAGGCCGAGUUUGAGGUCCAUGAAGUCUAUGCUGUGGAUGUGUUGAUCAGCACCGGAGAAGGGAAGGCCAGGGAUGGAGGUCUCAGAACCACUAUAUAUAAGAGAGACCCCAGCAAGCAGUAUGGCCUCAAGAUGAAAACUUCCCGUACAUUCUUCAGCGAGGUGGAACGACGCUUCGAUGCAAUGCCCUUUACUCUUCGAGCUUUUGGAGAUGAGGCCAAAGCCCGUCUGGGUGUGGUGGAGUGUGCCAAACAUGAAUUGCUACAGCCUUUCAGUGUACUACAGGAGAAGGAAGGAGAGUGUGUAGCUCAGUUUAAGUUCACAGUGCUGCUGAUGGCCAACGGGCCUCACAAAAUCACCGGUGGACCCUUCGACGCAGAGCUCUACAAGUCAGAGCAUGAAGUUCAGGAUCCGGAGCUAAAGGCUUUACUACAAAGUUCUGCGAGUCGUAAGACACAGAAGAAAAAGAAAAAGAAGGCCUCAAAGACAGCCGAGAAUGCAACUGGACAGCCAACUGAGGAAACAGAAGCCGUAGAAUAAAUAAUAAAUAAAAACUGCCUUUCACACAUGCAAGACCCCAAGGAGCAGCAAGAGGAAAAGUGACAAAUUGCCCCAAGCUCUCUACCCAUUACACACCUAAUAGAGGCAAUUUCACUGAUAUAAACACAGAAACUCUGAUAUUUAAUAAACAUUUCAACAUCCUUUGUGGAUGCUUAACCCUUUACUGCAUCUGAUGAGAGUAAAAUUGAAACAGUUAUUUUUUUUUUCUUUCUACUCUUGAGCAGGAAAAAAAGGAAUCUUUGCAAAUACUCUCAACAUCUUUUAAAAGACUUGUUGUCAAAUGGGUCAAUGUGUAACUGGUACCUGCUUUAAAAUCCUUAGGCCUUCCUUAUUUACAUCUGAAGCUGACAUUGGGCAUUAAAAGGAGUGGAUCAUAUGUUCUUUUUUAAAUGGAGGCAUAGUUAAAGGAUUAUCUGAUGAUGCCACAAGAAAUGGAUCAUUUCUGUUUAUCUUCUCCAAGGCGUCCUGUAUCUGAGGGGCCAUCUAGGAUUACUCUCUCUAAAAUUGAACCAUUCGACCGAAUCGUCACAUGCUGUUUCUCUCUGUGAACAAGUUGCAACGAGCUGUCUUAAUUUGUUGGAAGUAAAAUAAAUAAUCAUGCUUUUAUUGGAAGGUUUAUGAGCACUUUAAUUCACGAAACAUUACAUGAUGCAGUAAAGGGUUGAAUUGAAAUGUGACAAACUAAAACAUGUAACACAAUUGAACACAAUCACAGGGAUUUAAAUUUGAUGGAUGAUGUUCAGGUAGGAAGGGUUUCUGGCCUACAUGUCAGGCUGAACUUUACAUGUUUUACACCACACUAGUUUUUGUUAAAAAGAAUAACCUGAAGAGAUGACUGGAACACUUUCUUUUGAGUUUACAGGCUAGUUUGUCAGCUUGACUUUGGGAACAAAUCUGCUACAUUUACUGCCAUUCCCCUUCAAUUUUAUGAGAAAGUAGAAACCCAAAUGUUCCAAUUUUGAACAAGUUUUUUAUUAGUGACACCUGUUUCUCGCUUUAAUACGUCAUUAGUCUUGUGAAGCAUGAAAACUGAAGCUGUUGAAGCUUUAAAAUGGGUGUUGUCAUGGACAACCGAGAACAUUUCAGGUUUGAGUUUCAUCUUCAGGUCUGGGACUGUGUUGGUUCACAUUUGUCAACAGUUGAAUAUGUUGAGAAAAGUAAACUCCUGCUUUGUAGCUCACUCAUUGGGCAAAGGAACUUUACAUCUAUGAAAAUAAAAAAAAUUUCAUACAAA